UCACAAUUGAAGAUAUCAAGAGACCAUGGCGCUGGCCGGCGGCGGUGCGGCUGCCGCUGCUGACGCUGGGCUCCGGCUGACUGCUCGUCCUCCCGCCCUGCCUCCCUCAGCCGCGGCGGCACCGAGCGGGCCGCCCCCUCCUCCCCGAGCGCCUCCCGCCAGCCAACCCGGCGGCGAUUCUCCAACGCCCCCUACGCCGAUUCCGCCGAGGGGCCGCGGCCCUUCCGCACACGGCGCCUACGCGCUCCCGCGGCCGGACGGACUUAGCGGCUCCGCUCCCGCCGCCGCCUCUGCCUGCUCCUCCUCCUUCUCCCUCGCCGCCUCCGCCCAGCUCCUCACACGCUCCCCGCCCGCCUCUCGGAGCACACAGCGGCUUCCGGCUCAGCCCCUCCGCCCGGCGCUGUCCCCACGUCUCUCCCCCGCCCCUCCCAGCCCGGGGUCGGUCACGCUGUUAUUUCCUCCCGCGCCGCGCCGGAGAACAGAGGGGCCGCUCGGAGGCCAUUUUGGAACCGGGCGCACGCUGCGGGAGCGCCAAGGCCGCGCGGCGGGCGGGCCGGCCCUGCCCGGACCAAAGAUGUCCGCCGCGCUUGACGCGCGGGGCGAGGCGGUCGCGCCGCCCCCGCCUUGCGCCGGGGCCGUGCUCGGAGCGGCGCCGCUCCGUGCGCGCCUGGCGGGGCCCGGGGCGGGCGGCCGCCCACACAGGCGGCGUAGGGAAAGGCCGGCGGGAGAGCGGCACCGGGAUGGGCAGAGCGAGCGAGGCCCUCAGCCGCGCUCGGCACCGGGGAGCCUCGGGCUGCGGCGCUCGAGUCGUUGCUCCCCCACAUGGUCACGAUUGGGUGCCCAAGUCCCCCGUAAUGAAUGAGGACUCGGUGAAAAA